CGUAUGUCAUUACGCACGGACGCCAGUGUGUACCCGGAAGUUGGAAACUCUCGAAUGCGGGAGAAGUUUCAAGAGGAUUUUAAAUAGUGAUAUUUGAACACAAAACCACGUAAAUAAUGUUUCUGGGGCGUUUUAACAACGCGAUUGUUUUGGACAGUUUUCAGGGCACGAGUAAAAAUAUUUCUUAUUUGUUUGACUUUGACAGAAGAGCAAACAGAGGCUACAUGGCACGUUUACUCAGUGUUGUUACUCUGGGAGCAAACCGCUGGAGAGUGUACCCUGCUUUUAGCACAAUAUUAGUGUUAAGACAUGGAAAGGGGAAAACGCUGCACACGGUUGCAUUUCGACGGUCAUGUGUUAAAUGUGGGACGGACACUGGCUCGCUGUGGAAAGGUGUGCAAUGGUCGCUGGUCAGAGAGUUGAGCACCUCCAUUAAAGUGAUGCAGUAUGACUUGACUAGAUCAGACCUUGCAAAAUCUGGCCACAGAAAGCUUCUCUUUGAUACACAUGCAAUGAUCCAACUCCUGGAAGAGCGUGGGUUCACAAUCCAGCAGGCUGAGGUUAUUCUUAAAGUAUUGCUCAAUACAACCAACUCCUACAUGGACAUCAUGUAUAGUGAUAUGGUCACCAAGACUCAGCAAGAGAUCAUGUUACAGAAGGUUAUGUCUCAUAUUGCAGCAGUAAAAAAAGACAUGAUCAUUUUGGAGAAAAGUGAAUUUUCCACAUUACUGGCAGAGAACGAAAGAAUUAAAGCAGAGCUUGCACAAGUGAAGAUGCAGCUCUCUGAUAUGAUGAAUAAAGUACGCUUAGACAACAAGCUAGAUGUGAACUUGGAAAAAAGCCAGGUGAAAGAGAUGAAAGCAGAGCAUGAAAAGAAUAUUUUGGAGGCCAGAAAACACAUGAUGGAGAUGCUCGCUGAGCAGGACCGCCAUGUGACUCAGAGUAAUGUGAAGAUCGACACAGAAGUGGCUGGCCUGAAAACCAUGCUGGAAUCUCACAAACUGGAUAGUAUCAAAUAUCUAGCAGGGUCAGUGUUCACGUGUCUCACAGUAGUACUUGGAUUCUUUCGAAUAUGGAUGUGAGUGCAGAGAAAUCUCCAUAAAACAAUACCAAACAUAUCCCUCAUGCAGACAACCACGAAAUCCAGUGAAGAAAUUCCUUAUAAGCAUCGGGUCACAGUACUGCUGCUUCUCAAUCUGACAUAUAACAAGCCUGAUCUGUCAGGUCCUGACAUUCCUAAUGAAGGCGCUCACUCCUUCUGCUUCACGUGAAGAAAUCCUCUGCUGCUGAGAACAAUUUUUUUGUAUUUUUAUUUUUAUUCCUUUUUUUUUUUUUUUUUUUUUUUAAAUAUCUUCCACCGCAGUUUAUUUGUGCAGGCACUUAUUACCUUAUUAUCUGAAAUGCACUUCAUGUGACGUAUUAAAUGUUCUGUUAUGGAAAUACAGCGUGUGUCCUGCUGUCUGUGGGUGGACAUGUAAAUAUUGUUAUUAAGUUUUAUUAUGUUAACCGAGUGUUCUAGCUAAUAUGUGAAGCUGUCACAUAGCAGCACCAGUGGUAUCUAACUUGUACGGAUUUUUCAAAUGACUGGAUUGAUGAAAUGAAGUGACCAAAGACAAAAGCAAUUUUUGGAUUUUAUUUUUUGGAUGACUUCCAUAAGGGUUAAUAAUCUGAAAUAAAUAUUUGCCCUGAAAUAAAUAUUAAAAAUAAAAUAUAUAUAUAUUAAAACGUUGUUAUUUUGACUUAAUAUCUCAUCUCGUUAUUUCAAAUGAGUAAGUUGUUAUUUUGAAUUGAUAUCUCAGUAUUUCAUAACACAAUGUAUUUAUUUUAACUGAAUAUAUUGCUAUUUUGUAUUAUUUCAUCAUAUAUUGUUAUUUUGAGUUAUCUCUUUUUUUUUCCUUAUUUCAAGCUAUUGUCAUUUAACUCAUAAUUUUAAUUGAAUAUCUUAUUUCAAGUUAUCUCACUGUUGUUGUUUUUUUACAUGAUUUCUUUAUUACGACUUAAUAUUUAACACCACACUGUCUAUCAAUAAGACUAAUUUGUUGAAUUUCCUGAGGUGCAAAUAAUAAUAAAAAAAAGUCUUUU